UAAUACGAGUGCUAAAGGGGGCGGCAGGCUGCGUUGGCUACAAACAGGAGGGCGCGUGCAUACUGCACCACACCGCCCCUGCCGUAAUUCUUCAGCACCGUCUUCUUGUGGCCCAACUUUGGGAAGGCGACAAAAGGCGAGCAUGCCUUGAUGCCUGAGGGAAAAUCAAAGUUGACAUCUACUGAUAUUGCGGGCCGUCUUACGAUUUGACUUGCGUAGCCCUGCACUUGAUGUUGACGUGCAUGAAGCCGCCAUGAUCCCUUGCCCGACUAGGUAUUGAUGUUGAGGAGCUGCGCUUGCGGGUUGCCUGGUAGAGCAGUAUCAGUCGACGCGCAUGGGUAAAUCGAGGCAUACUUGCUGCGAUGGAUUCUGCACCCUCGGAAUUUGUCCCCCGACAAUCGUCCACCCAGUCCUCGAAGCGCAGAUUAACAACAUUAGCUCGAAUCUUCAGUGGCCUGACGAUAACGAAGCAAAGCGACAAGUCUCUGGAAGACAUUCGCGGCCCAUAUGGUCUCAACCUGCUCUUUGAUUCAGCCGAUCCCUUGGCCGACAUUAUCUUUGUUCACGGUCUCGGGGGCGGGUCUCGAAAAACCUGGGACAAAGACGGCGAUCCGCAGUUAUACUGGCCGAAAGAGUGGCUCUCUCGAGACCCGGAAUUCAAGCAUGCCCGAGUUUACAGCUUUGGAUAUCCCGCAGACUGGACCGGCCGCCAGGAGUCUGUUCUUAAUAUCCAUGACUUUGCAAAUUCCCUGCUCGGCCAGCUCCAGACCUCAACGACCAUCCGACGCAGCAGACAUACGCCCAUCAUAUUCGUUUGCCAUAGCAUGGGUGGGCUGGUCGUCAAGCGAGCCUUCAUCCUUGCUCAAAAUGACAAAGCAUUCCAAGAUUUGGCCAAGAGGUUCGACACCAUCUAUUUUCUCGCCACUCCCCACCACGGCGCGAGCUCUGCCCGGCUUCUCAGCACGUUACUGAAAGCGACUUACUCCGGAAACCGACCGUUCGUUUCCGAUCUCAAACAAGAUUCGCCCGCCAUCCAGGCCAUCAAUGACGAAUUCCGGCAUUAUUCAGAGCUGGUGAGACUUUACUCUUUCUUCGAAACCAAGCCGACAUCCGUCCUGGGAGUUGGGAAUACAUAUAUCGUCACAAAAAGCUCUGCCACCAUGCUGCUUCCCAACGAACGCGUCAGCCCUCUCCACGCGGAUCAUCGUGGCGUUUGCAAAUAUCUCUCGCCGUCGGACCCGAAUUACGUGCUGGUAAGGAACGCCCUCGUCGAGGCUCUAGACCGGAUCAACGAGACAUGGAAUGUCAUUAAUGGCACCGAGGUAAAAGCGCAGAAACGAAAGGUCCGCAACUUCUUGGGCAUCUCGAAUCAACAGCAACAGUUUCAUGUGGACUUUGAUGAACCAAGAGUCGAUGGAUCCUGCGAAUGGUUGGCGGGCGUGUCGUCGUUUAGGCGGUGGCGCGAUGCCUCGGACCCACGGAUGUUCUGGCUCAGCGACAACCCUGGCACGGGCAAGACUUUUCUUGCCAAGUACGUGGUCGACCACCUCAAUGAGCUUGGAUUCGACCGCAGCUAUUUUCUCUUCCGCGCCGGCGACAAAAUACAUUCGUCACUCGCCGGAUGCCUGCUUUCCCUAGCAUGCCAGAUGGCUGAGAAUAACGUCUUCAUCCGCGAGAGGUUCCUUGAAAUGCACGAAAGCGAUAUCGAAUUUGACAAGGAGAACUUCCAAUCGAUAUGGCGGAUUCUUUUCGUCGGUGGUGUCUUUCAGGCGAAGUUGAUUAAGCCGCACUUCUGGGUCCUCGAUGGGUUGGAUGAGUGCACCCACUACUGCGACCUUUUCUCCCUCCUCGCAAAGAUCAGCCCAGCCUUUUCUCUUCAAAUCUUCCUAACAUCUCGACCCAGCCCGGUCUUGCGAGGCAGCCUCAACGGUAACAGCCUGGAGGCAGCAGUCCACGAAGUCGGCCUCGAGACGACAUUGGAGGAUAUCAAACUUUACGUCGAGAACCAUGCAGACUUCCCAAGCAUCCAAACGGACGCUGGGAGACAAGACCUUCUGUCGAUUAUCCUGGGCAAGUCUGAGGGGAGUUUUGUCUGGGUCAAACUUGUCCUACGAGAGCUGAGGGGGGCGUUCAGUGUAGAAGCAACUCGACACGUGCUAGAAAGCGUCCCAAAGGGUAUGGAUCAGAUCUACCUGAGGAGCUUGACCCCGUUGUCGAAAGAGGAACAGAGGAGGCCAGCAGCCAAGGCUAUCCUGAUGUGGGCGAGUACAUGCAUCCGAACCCUGAAUAUGGCGGAACUCAAAGAUGCACUCAAGAUUCACAUUAAUGAGACGUUUCACAAUUUAGAAAAUCACAUUAGCUGGCUUUGUGGUUACCUGGUCAAGGUUGACGGAAGCUCGGGGGUACAAAUGGUGCAUGAAACUGCGCGAAGCUUCGUGCUCAACCCCGACAGUGGCUCAGUCAUCGCCUUCAGCGAGGCAGAAGCACAUGAAGCUUUGGCAAUAGUCUGCCUCCGAUAUCUCAGCAGCAAGGAACUAAAGUCGCCUCGCGGCAGGAAAUCACACAGGGGCCACACACCCGCGACAACUCGAUCGCCGUUUCUGGACUAUGCAGCAACAUCUUUCCACGAGCACAUCCAGAAGUCUAAGAGCACCAGAGAGGAGAUGGUCAACCUGCUUUUUACCUUUUGCAGCUCAUCGGCGGGCAAUAUCCUCACAUGGAUCGAGCAUGUCGCGUCAACCAACAAUGAUCUCACGGUCAUUACAAGGGCCGGCAUGUUGAUACAGAGCUUCACAGAGCGAAUCGCCAGGGAUCCCAUGCGAAGGACAGACAAAUUGGCUGUGAUCGAUUCCUGGGGUACAGAUCUGAUACGCGUUGUGGCCAGAUUCGGCCGCAACCUGCUUCGGCUGCCUGCUUCCAUCUACACUAUGAUACCGCCAGUCUGCCCCAGAAACUCGGCGCUCCACCGACAAUACGGACAUUCUCCCAGAGGGAUCAGUGUCCUCGGAGUCCCUUCAUUACUCGAAUGGGGCGACUGUCUCGCUACCAUCAUUUACCGGCAGAAAGGCAACCGAGCCAUGUCUGUCGCUGCCACAAGCAACUACUUCGCGGUGGGAACAUCAAGCCAUUUCAUCAGGCUAUACCACACAAAUACCUGUCAAGAAUUCGGGGUAUUUUAUCACGGAGAGUUUGUCAAAGUCGUCGAGUUUAGUAUGGCUGGUCGGUGGGUAGCGACAGGUGGCAAUAAACGUCUUUGCUUGUGGGACAUUGGAGCAAAAAAGCUUGCCUGGGAGUAUGACAUUGGGCGACCCUGCAUUGCGAUGGUCUUUAGCAGCGAGAACGACAUGCUUGUUGCAGCGUGCCAUGACAACCAACUCUACUAUUUUAACCUUGAGUCAGGGCGACUUGAGGAACGGAUGCCAUGGUUCAUGGACGAGGAUUACGCCCAAACGAUCACAAAUGUUCCAGCAGCUGCAGCGUUCUCAGUCCAGCUGUCCCUGCUUGCCUUUGUCUACCGAGGGGGCCAUAUCGGCGUCUGGAACUGGGAGGACGAUGAGUUUCUUGGGUUCUGCGAGAAGCCGGGCGCCAGGAACAGACUGUGUCCUUUUCACGCAUCGUCGCUUGUAUUCAGCUCUGCACAGGAUUCCAAUUCCCUUGCUGCAGCCUAUGAGCAAGGCGAAAUACUCGUCUUUGACCCUUUCAAAGGCGACGUCAAGGCUCAUUACAAGUGUAACGCAGAUAGUCAGACCCUCGCAUGUUCGCCAGAUGGCAGCACGUUGAUCUCUGCAGAUGCUGGAGGCGUAAUACGGAUCUUCGACUUCCAGAACUUUGACACCCCGAACCAUAAGCUGAGGCUAUUGUACAUCAUAUCCGGCUUGGAAGAAAAUAUCGGUGGGCUGGCUUUCUGCGAUAACAAACGCUUCGUUGACAUCAGGGGUGCAAAAGCUAAGGUCUGGGAGCCGACCGUGUUGGUACGCCAGGACGCGUCAAACAGCGAGACAGAGGCAAUCAUUUCGGAGCCGCAGGAGCUAAGCCCGGUCAUUGAAGAGAUUGAUCCUAUCACAUCUUUGACGGUUCAUCCGAAUGGCAAGCAUAUCUUCUGUGCCACUCAGAAUGGAUUGAUCAACGUUUUCGAGACCUCCACAGGCAAACGUACCCAGACUCUUUAUGGACAUUCCCGUGGCGACCUUAUCAGCUGGAUGAUUUUCGGCGGGUCUGAAGAUGAUGUCCUUGCAAGCGCCGGCAUAUCCAGCAAGGUCAUCAUUCGCCGCGUAGUGUUCAAGCAAAAAUGGGUCGUCGAAGCGACUCUCUUCGAGUACCGCAUGGGCGAAAGGAUCGAACAACUCAUGUUCAACCAAGCGGGGACCAAGAUCUUGGUUGUUACCACAACCCGCGACAUGAUAUAUUCCUUGACGGACAGAUCUACCGCAUCUGCGUCGUGGGAUACGAGGUUGCCUGGCUGCUGGUGCAACGACCCGCGCGACCCCAAUAGGCUCCUCCUCUGGGUCAACCAAAAGUUGCGCGUCUUCACAUGGGAUGGCCUUCGGGAGCUGACACCGGCGUCGGGGAUAACGCUCGACUUCGAUCUUCCAACCAAUUUCGGCAUCCAGAGCGUCCACUCAGGCUGGAAGCAACAAUUCGUCGCCACUGUCUACUCCGAGGUUGACCGCGCGCGCUCGCACGUCCGCCUCCUCGUCUGGAACGCAGCCGACUUCGACCAGGCCGACCCGACCACAGAGGCUGCCCCAUACCCUGCCCUUCAAGCUUACGGCGACAAGGUAUCCGGCCUCGUUGGCACCCUCGGCAUGAUCAUUGGCCUGUUCGAGGACCGCUUCUUGUUCCUCGACCAGGAAGGCUGGGUCUGCUCCAUCGUCCUCGACGAUUCGCCCCCCGAAACCUACAAUCGCCAUUUCCCCCUCCCAUUUGAUUGGAUCAGUACGAAUGAUACCCUUCUUCUGGCACUCACCGCCAGGAACGAGAUUGUGUUUGGAAAGGGUGACGAGCUGGCAGUGAUCAAAAGGGGAUUUGCUUUUGCCGAGACGGUGCCGCUGUCCCAGCGUUCCAGGAGGUCUUCCGCCGCGACUUGAGCAGAGAUGAGGAGGCUAAAGGGUUGGGAUGCAAGAAGAUAUUAUAGGCUCACCCAAGGGCAAGAAAAGCCAAUUCUAGAACGCAGUCAACUCAUAUCGAGAGUGGUUGUGGGCAACGUAUACUCAUUUGGGCUGUAUAUUGAAGCGUACUGAAAUGGAAAGAGAGGAAGGAAAUUCCAG